CGUUCUCGUCUGCAGGUAAUUUGAAUCCAUUUUACUGUACGUAUUUUGGCUGGUGAUAAUUACUUUUCCAUCAAUGGUCAUGUUCUAGAGACUAUAUAUAUCACGAUUAUGGGAAGAGUAUCCCACAUUCUCACAUUAUGGAAGGAACUUCUCGAACACUUCCUUACACCAUAACAUUCGUUGGUCUUCUUGGCAUUCAUUCUCUUGGUAGAAAUCCAAAGUUUAUGGCUACUGCAGUAGAUUUAGGAAGAGAAUUCAUAAGGCGAAGAAUUAGUCUUGCUUAUGGAGGAGGAAACGUUGGCCUACAAGGAGCUGUUGCUUCAACAGUCUUUACCAAUGGAGGUCUCGUUAGAGGUUUCAUUCCUGGGUACAUAGCAACACGACGGGUCUACGGACCUACAUACGGCGUAGAGCACACAGUUUCCAGCAAUUACUACAAAUAUUUUGAGAUGAAUCAUGCCAUGGAAGCUUUCAUCAUUCUUCCUGGAGGAGUUGACACUAUGGAAGGUUUGUUCACCUUGAUCUCGUGGGCUUCUGAAGGGUUACACAAUAGACCCAUUGGUCUCUUGAACAUUGACAGUUAUUUCAAUAACCUACUCAAAUUUCUAGAUGAUGCAGUGAGGCAGAACAUCAUGGCUUCCAGUCAGAGGAAACUUUUCAUUUCUUCUUUCUUUGUUGGCAAACCUAGGCAGAAAUUUCUCUGUCAAGGACUGUACAUUGGGCAUGUGUUAGAAUCCAUGGAUGUUGCCUCUGAUGGCAAGAAAUAUGAAGAAAGAUACUGGCUAUAUUACCUUUCAAGCAAGGGAGAAAACAGAGCCAGCCCUGUUGCUGAAGAAGAAGGAUCUUCAAAUGAAGUCCUAGAUGUUGCUUUGAAGAAGGCUUCAAAAAGGAAGCAAGUGAAGAAGUCAAAUGAAGACAUGUUGUUGGAAUUCCUGUCAAUCUCUCCUCCUCUAGAAUUUGAAAUUGAUGAUGAGGAUAUAACAGUCUUCAAGGCCAUCUUUUCAAAUCCAGCUGGAAACCCAAUUGAUAAUAUAGAUGAAGACGUGAUUGCUGCAGCAGAGGAUUUCCAAACUUUUCUGGAAAACUCCUCUGCACUAGAGACUACUUAUGUUGAAACUCUUCAAGAAAACUCUGCCAUCCCCCAAAUUGAAGAACAGAUCCAAACAACAGCAGAAGAAGAAGAAAUCAUUCACUCUCUCACCCUUCAAGUUCAAGAGAUCCUCACAACUACUUGUGAGAUCUCCACUCAUGAAGCUAAACUUGAAAAUCAGAAAUGUGCUGGAGAAAAUCAACAUCUGGAGGACAAGUCAGAAGAACAUGUGGAAGAAUUCUCAAGGUCCCCUCCUCAGAAAUUGAAGAUGAAGAAACUCAAAGGGAACAUGAAGUAGAGGUUCAAAGAAGUCAAGAAGAAACACGUGAAGAAGCUCAGGGGGAAUUUAAUUGUUUUUGGCUAAUUUGUUUUUGGUAAUGGACUACUAAUGAAACACUCUAAGUAUG